CGUUACGACAGUCUAGUCUCAAAGCUAUAGACGACGGGAUACGCAAAAAUAAUAACAAGUUGCGCGUGGAGAGUUACAAACAAACAUACUUACAAACUUACUUAAAAACAUACAUACAGAUGAAACUAAUAUAAGCGUGUUAAUAAUCAGGAUUUUACGUCGAAAAAAUUCGAUGACUACGUUUUCAAUUUUUACUUGGAUAUGGUCUAGUGUUCAUGUUUAUUAUGAUACAAAUAAUCGUGUCGAAUCUGCCCAAAAAGUCGAUCAACAUCACCUCACGAUGACCUCUUUGAAGCCUAGUAAAAACAAUAACAAGUUGAUUAUUGUGUGGCAAAAUGUGAUUGCAUCUAUCAUUUUGCAUAUAGGAGCAGUUUAUGGAUUUUAUUUGGUCUUUACCGGUCAUCUUUAUGGAAAAACAAUUAUAUAUGCUUACCUAGUAUUAAUGUUUAGUGGAAUGGGAAUAACUGUAGGUGCACAUAGACUUUGGUCACACCGAUGUUUUAACGCCCGUUUGCCUUUGCGUAUACUUUUAGCAACUUUUCAGACUCUUGCAUUCCAAAAUCACAUCUAUGAAUGGGUACGCGAUCAUCGAGUACAUCAUAAGUUUACCGACACAGAUGCUGACCCAUAUAACUCAGCCCGUGGGUUCUUUUUUUCUCAUAUAGGAUGGCUUUUGGUUCGAAAGCACAAAGACGUUUAUGGCAAAGGCAAAACAAUCGAUAUGCGAGACUUGGAAGAUGAUCCUGUAGUGAUGUGGCAAAAAAAAUACUACUUAUUGCUAGUGCCAAUUGUGGCAUUUAUAUUACCUUCCUUGGUGCCAUAUUUGUUAUGGAAUGAGCAAUUUUGGUACUCCCUUUUAUUUGUUGGUUUGUCGCGUUAUAUGUUUGCGUUACACUCUACUUGGCUUGUAAAUAGCGCUGCACACAUUUGGGGAGUCAGACCAUACGACAAAAAUAUAUCGCCAACGGAUAAUAAAACUGUAGCAUUUUUGGCUUUUGGAGAAGGAUGGCAUAACUAUCAUCAUACUUUUCCAUGGGACUACAAAGCUGCUGAAUUGGGAAACUACCGACUUAACUUUAGUACAGCAUUUAUUGACAUCUGUGCUUGGCUUGGAUUGGCUUACAACUUGAAGACAGCAAAUGCGUCAUUAGUGAAUAAACGUUUACAAAGAACUGGUGAGAGCUCAAAUAAAGAAAAAAGAGUUGAAGUAUGGGGUUGGGGAGAUACAGAUAUGACUGAAUCUGAUAAACAAAUUGCACAAAUAAGUUAACAAAAUGGCUAAAAGUUGAAAAAUAUUAGUAAUUUAAUUAAACACAGCCAACAUAACAUUCUUACUUUAUACAAAAAUCAUGUGUUUCAUUUUCUAAGAAUAUUUUUAUUUUUAUUAUUAUAUUACUAAUGUAUAUUUUUAAGUUGUCUUAUUUUUUUCCUUGUUAGUAUAUUUACAUUAUUUAUGAACUGUGAUUUAUUAGUAUAAGAAUGUGUUUUGUAUUAGAUCUACUUAGUAAUUUAAAAAAU